CCUAACUGUCGAGGCGAAGUGCGCCAUUUUGGCUCAAACAAAGUCAGAAACAUUAUAUCUUCGAUAAAGUAUUUUAAAUUGUAUCCAUAAAAUACGAUGUACAAGUAUUCAGGACGCCGCUCUGGUUUCCACGAGAUAACACUUAAUGCUAAUGUAGCUUUUUUUACACUGCGUAUGUGACGUUAGUUAGCUAAAAGUAACGUUAAUGAUCAAAAACCCGAGCUGAGCUGCAUUGCCAGCCAAGCUAUCCUGACUUUUGCUGAAUUUACCUUUGCUGCUUGUUUUAACCUCCGCGAUGGGUGGCUGCUCCGCCCCAAACUGCUCCAAUUCAACCAGCAUAGGGAAACAGCUGUUUAGAUUCCCCAAAGACCCUGUCCGCAAGAAGAAAUGGGUGGUGAACUGUCGACGUGACUUUGAGCCAACUCCUCACUCCAGACUCUGUCAGGACCAUUUUCAGCAGAGCCAGUUUGAGGAGAUAGCGAGGUCCCCAGCUGGGGGAAAGAAGCUGAAGCCCAAUGCCAUUCCCACUCUGUUCACUAUUGGAGAUGCUCCUUACCCAGCAGUCACUAUUCCAUACAUCCUGCUGCCCAUGAAACCCGAACCAGUGGAGAAGGAGCUGAACUUCGGGGACCAUGGCUAUGCCAGACGCACCCCUCUGCCCGGCCUGGAGGAGGAGGAUGCAGACAGGACUGCAGAGGACCAGCAGCCCUGCACACAGUGUCACCUCCUGAAGAAACAGUUGGAGCAGGAGAUGCAGCACACUGCGAGGCUACAGAUGGAGGCAGAGGAGAUGAAGAAGCGCCUGUUCCGGCACGACCGGAUCGAGAAGGGUCUCCAGAACUUUCUGUACGAGGACCAGAUUCGCGCCCUGACCCUCACCAAGCGCUCCCGGCGCGCCGUCUGGUCUCCGGAGACCAUCCUGAAGGCCCGAAAGAUCCGCUGCGAAGUUGGCACAAAAGGCUACGAGUACUUGAGGGAUCUGGGAUACCCGUUGCCCUCCUACAGGACUCUAUGUAACCGCCUGGAGACUAAGAUCAUGGUGACGACUGACAUGAGCUGUGAAGAGCUGGCGGAGCUGAGCCUGGGCCUCAUGGCCACCUGUAACAGUCCCACCGACGGGGUUGGGGACAACGAUGAGGAGGAACUCAUAGGUGUGUUGUCCUGAUCGGGGCAGUUUGCACGACUUGCUGACUCUAAAACAAGAGCACAAUGAGCAGAAUGCACCACUUUAGACAUGGCUUUGCUCGACUCAUGCAAGAUGCCCGGGGCUGGCAGUCAGCCGAGCGUCGUGAUCGUGCUGUUUGUUGCCAUGAUGAAGAUGCUGAGCUACCGUGUGUGAGGAGACGUAGUCUGUGACUAACAACACCACCAACGGAGUGUGUGGAACGAGGAGACGUAUUUUGCUCAAAGCUCGUUGACUUUGUUGCAUGUGUUUAUAGCUAAUUUAACGUGUUUAAACUGAAUGUGUUUACAUGCACGAUAAAACCCUGGUAGCAUUCAGGAUAGUCCAAUGUACUGAGAGCAAAUAAACUCAUGUCCUGGGUCAGGUGGCUCGAGUAUUCCCAUACUAUGAGGACUAUGGCAUGUAUAAACUGUUUCCUGUACAUUAAGCUUUAUUUUUAUUUUUUGCCCAAAGUAUUUAUCUUUUAAUGGUGUGUGUAAAGCAGUAGCACACAACCGGGUUAGUGUCUAGGAAGAUGUUUGCAUUUUAAACAUUAAUCGGUGGUUUUAAACUACGCUGUUUUAUUAAACCUCUCAUUCAAAUGCUGGCAGGAACAUUAGGGUUGAUAUCCUAAAUGCAUGCAUCCUAUUUUAAUCACAUUUGCAAAACUGAAACCGUACCUGCUUUUCGGUAAAUAAUCAAAUCAUUUAUUGUGGAGCCCAUAAAGAGUCAACAAGGAAAUAAAAGUAAACCCUCCGUUGGUAAAUAACUGCCGCUAGUGCAAUUCUACGCUACAUAGGUUGUAACUCUCUGGGUUGCAGUGCAUUCGUAGUGACCACAAAGAGUAUCGGAAAGAGCUCAGGCUGGUCACAUGACGUUCAAUAUCCAAAACAACACUGGCACUGUGAGAAAAAUAAAGAGAUUGUAAAAGAAUAAGCUGUGUUUUUCAUUGCAUGUGAGUGUGAGAGAGAUGUACUAAAUAGUGCAGGUAGGUCUGCACUGUAUAUCAGGUAGCUCGCAGUAACAAACAAACAGCAUGGUUGCCAUCACUAUGCUGGUUACAUCACAGCUGUCAUGAGCUCGACUGAAUGCUCUACUAGUGGAAACAACCCGAACCACAAGUCUCCUGAAAUUCCACUGAAGUAACUAAAUACCUACAAUGACCAUGAGAGGUGGAGCUUCUGUCAGUUAU